AAGGUACAAUCUAUCUCCCAAGAAUGAUAAUAUAUUCCAUAAAUCUAUGUCCAGCAUGACUUAAACUAAAAAUCACAAGGUAAAAUCUAUCUUACAAAAAACAUGAUUUAUUUCUUAAAUUAUAUCAAUCUCGAAAUGGCUAGCAUUCUAACUCGUCACUUCCCGUGGUUUCCCCGUCCUCGGUUUCACUUCCUGAAAUGGUGGACAAGGAAAAACUAUGAGAUAACUCAGUAAGUAAAUAUGGAUAGCCCUUGGGUAAAACUUUUAAGCAUGCCAAAUAAAUCAUAUAAGCGUAACAGACUUUUAAUGAUAAACCAUUAAUGCGGAAAUCGGAUUUAGUUCAAUAACAAAACGUUUCAUGACAAACCGUUACAUGCAGAAGAAAACUCAGUUCAGUAGUCUCAUCCAUAAGUCAUGGCCAGUGUUUACAAACUCCCACUGGCAGGCGUCAGUAAUGGUACCAGUGUUUACAAACUCCCACUGGUAGGCGUCAGUAAUGGUACCAGUGUUUACAAACUCCCACUGGUAGGCGUCAGUAAUAGUGCCAGUGUUUACAACUCCCACUGGCAGGCGUCAGUAAUAGUGCCAGUGUUUACAACUCCCACUGGCAGGCGUCAGUAAUAGUGCUAGUGUUUACACACUCCCAUUGGCAGGCGUCAGUAAUGGUGCCAGUGUUUAACCCCAUAGGCAGGGUGAACCGGUUCUACAGAAAUACAUGUCGACAUGUGCUAGCGUUUACAGCUCCCACUAGCGGGCGUCAGUAAUCAUGACUAUA